GUUAAUUUGUAAAUAACUCUUCAAAAGAAAGACACGUCAGAAAUUGAUUCAUUUUCUGUAUUUUUUGUUUAGUCUAAAGCAGUGCAUUAAAAUAGUUUGACAAUAUGCAGGGCAUGUAUAGUAUGCGGAGUCCAGCUGUUAAAAGGUUGAUGAAGGAGGCUCAAGAACUGAGGGAACCAACAGAACAAUAUGCUUGCCAACCUUUGGAGGAUAACUUGUUUGAGUGGCAUUUCACUAUUCGUGGACCAGCAGAUUCAGAAUUUGAUGGAGGGCUGUAUCAUGGUAGAAUUAUUUUGCCUCCAGAGUAUCCCAUGAAACCACCUAGCAUCAUUAUACUUACACCGAAUGGGAGAUUUGAGGUGAACAAGAAGAUAUGUUUAAGUAUAUCAGGUCAUCACCCAGAGUCAUGGCAACCAUCCUGGUCAUUAAGAACUGCAUUACUAGCUAUAAUAGGGUUUAUGCCGACUCAUGGUGCUGGAGCUCUCGGCUCUUUAGACUACUCUCCGGAUGAGAGAAAAAUUCUUGCUAAAAGGUCACAAGAUUAUAAUUGUCCGUCAUGUGGUUGUAUUAAGAAUGUAUUGAAGGAGGUGACGGAGGAAUCCAAGAAAACAACAGAGGAAGCUCGGGAACUGGCGGCACAAAUCAGUUUUAAGGAUGAGAAAGAGAAAAAUGCAGCAUUGAAGUCAACUACUGAAACAUCACCAACAGCUGAACAGGUAACACCAGUAGCAGACGACACAUCUGGAAAUGGAGCGACAGCAUCACCGUCUGCUGUACCCCAACCUGGUAUGACAUCACAACAAUUUGGUCAGUUUCCUUUCAGAAUGCCAUUUUUCCCUCCAUUUCCACAGAUGAACUCACAGUUUGCAAAUACUGGAGUUAAUACUGCCACACAAGUUCCUAGAUUUCCUCUGCCAUUUGUUUCACCAUUCUAUCCACCAAUGAUGCAGCCAGGAACAUUUCCUAUGCCUCCCAUGAUGCCUGGCAUGCAGGUGCCUCCAUGGCAACAUAAUACAAACAUAACACAACCACAGAGUCCUGCGUCUGCUGCAGUACCACCUAGGGAGACUACUCCAACAAAUAUAGGCAGUUCUACAGGUCAAGUCAAUAAUUCUGACAAUCAAACCUCUAAUAUUGAAAUUCCGAGUCCAGCAAAUUCUACAACACAAAAUGAUGAAAAUUCCUCUACAAGUGAAACACCCCUCACAAGUCAGGAUGGACUCCGCCACAGAAAUGUUGCCUCAGCAAGUCAUACAUCGACGAGUCAUACCCAUUCACAUCACAGGAGGUUUGAAGCAGCCAGCACUGAGAACAGAGAGGAUCAACGGGUUGACAGAUUAUUACUUCUGUUUGCUGCGUUUGUUGUUAUUGUAAUAGCAUUGUUGUUAAUAAGAAGACUUUAUAUAAUGAAGCUUAUACAGUUUCCUCUAUAAGGCUGAAUAACAUAGAAAACAUACACUAAGUUAAACAUAAUAUAGAUAAUGAUGUACAUAGAACAGUUGUAAACUGUUCAUUACUGGACCAAAACAGACUAAGAGAAAAUAGAAAAUGAUCUUUACAGUUGUAGUAGGACUACUUUUUCAAAAGGUUUUAUUACAAAGAAUUUAUAAUGGUACUAGGAUUUUUUUCUUAUUUUGUCUAUUUUUGUGCAAUAACUGUUUUAUAUUGGAUAUAGUACUUUCCAUUUAUAAAGAUUAGUUUGAGAUAAUAGCUUCAUAUAAGGAUAACAAUAUAGGUAUAUGUGCCUUGGACAGAUAAGUAUAUAGGUCUUGACUGAUAAGUCUAUGAGUUUUAUGGAUCAUUUUGAGGAUUUUGUUAACAUCAGACUUUAUCAUUAAUGUCACGGAACUGCCAUCAACUUUUCAACAGAUUUAUGUGGAGAAAAUUGCGUAAGGAAAAAACAUUUAUAAUAUAACAUGUAUUGCUAAAAUGUAUACAAUAUGUGGGUUUUUGCAAUGACUAUAAAUAUCUCUGUUAAUUUACUAUUCUGCAAUCAUAUUUAGUUUAUAAAAAAAUAUUUUAGUUUGAUAGUGUUGGAAGCUAUAAGCCUAUUGAAACACUCAUGAAUCCGUUCCUGGAACCAACCAGUUAAUCACAUUUGGUGUAAUAUGAAAGUCUUUUGCCAAAAUAUUGAUACAUUGUAAUGUUUUUAUGUUAGAUGCACAUGUAUGUACACAGAUAUUGAAUGAGUUUAGGUUCAAUAACUAAAUAUAUUUAAAGUGUUGAAUAAAAUCAUAUUAUGAUGAGUUCAAUAUCUUAAGUUUUGAAUUUACAUGUUUAGUAUAAGCUUGCCUUUUUGCUAUGUUUAUGUAAAGCAAAUUAUGUUGCAUUACAUAGUUAUUAUACUAAGUGUAAUAUCCUUUUUAUAACAUGACUUAAUUAUACUCUUGCACCAUGAUUUAUGUGACAAACUCCUUUAAUCGUCCUUCUUUUUCUUGUUUUGGGUAUAAGAUUUGGCAGCAUCUGUCAUUUUCAACAACAAACUAGUUCACAUUAAUUUUGUUUAUGCUAGUAAUUAAAUGCUUGGUCACAUCACUAAUGAGCCAAAAUGUAAAACUUGACUCGAGGUAUCUAUAAAAGAAUUCCAAUAAAGAAAUAUACUCAUAACUUCUGUAUAGCCCUAGGCCUGGAUACAUGUGCUGCAUUUUGAAUGUUUUAGAAUGAUUAUAUUUUUGAAAAUUUAUGAAGAAUGAAAUAGAUAUACACUUCAUGAAAAUUGUAAGUCUUCUAAUUUUCAAACUUGCGGGGUAAAUCUGUCAUAAUAUAUGACUGUUCAAUAUUGAAAAUUUCUAUUAAUUUUUCUGUCAUUGGUUAGAAUGAUUUUUAAGCAUAGUCAACAACCCAAAUCCAAACCAAUUUAUAAGUUAAUACAGUCAAAUCUUUGAUAAGUUAUUAGCUUUCUGAAUUGUGAUACAUAUGAAGUUUAAGUCAAGAGUGAACUUUUACUCACAGUGCUAAUAAGUUCUGUCUAGUGUACAUGAUAGAUUUACAUGUAUUAUAUGCUUAGUAUUUCUUUAAUAUAUACAUGUUAUUAUAUUCAGAACAACUUCAUGUACAUUUAUAUAAGAUUAAGAUGUAAUUUAUGUAUUAUUGACAAAUAUUUUGUCAGACAGAUUUAUUGUUUACAGCUAUUCAUACAUAUUUUAUGUAACAAUAGUAUAUGUUAUUUUUGUUUUGGAGUGAUAUAUGUGGAUAUAUUACCUGCUAAGAUUUUAUAUCACCCGAGCCGUUAGGCGAGGGUGAUAUUUUAUCCUGGCAGGCAAUAUAUCCACAUAUAUCACUCCAAAACCAAAAUAAUAAUUUUAUUACCCUUCCCCUGCUGAGUUUAGACGAUUUUUUAAAAACUCAUUGUUGUUUCAAAUGAAACGUCGAAAUAAGAUUCCCUUUUGGGUACCCCUUCAUCACAACAUGACGUAACAUAAAUACAUGACGUAUUUUUCCCGUACCUAACGAAUGUAAAAAAGAGAAAAGGAGUAGUCUAUUGAACGCACAUUUUGUAAUUAAUAUCAAGCUUUCACAAGGUCAUAUUUGUUUUCAAUAAUGAUGAGAAUAUGUAUCAUUACUCUAUUUUGGUAAACAUUUAUCAUUUGACAGUUAAAAAGUGCUUGUAAAUCGGAAUUUACACCGCGUAAAAUCAAACCGUACGCGCAUCUCUUCAUCGCAUGUUGUUUACAACGUGGGAUACUCAACGGGGAAAUUUAGUGUGUAUAUUACCCGUCUGGCUCGGUAAUAUCAAUUUCUUUCGGGUGAUCAAUAACCAAUCAAAAAGGCAGAAAAAAUCUGGAAGGGUAAUAAAGUGUUAUAUUUUAUCAUGAUGUUAGCUCAUUCAUGAAACCUGUUGCAAUAUGGAGAUUGAUUUUAAUUGUGCUUAUAAUUGGGACAUCUUAUAUUUAGUGAUAAAAAAGCUGGGAAUGUGAAUAAGUUUAUAAUAUUUACAUUGUAUUCCCAAAAUUUACAUACUAUCCUUAAAGAUUACUAUGUUCAAGUUUGAAGACAAUCCAUUAAAAAAUAACAAAACUAUAGCCACUAAUAGCAAAAAAACAAGCAACAUUUGGACAUUUGACCUUGAAGGUCAAGGUUAUUUAUGGAUGAAGGUCAAGGUUAGUCUGGUCUACUGAAAGGUCUUGUCCCAAGGGUUGCUGUGGCAAAGUAUUAAGACAAUACACCAAGAACUUAAAAAAAUAUGAUCAAGGUACAAGUUUGCAGACGGGAAUGACAUGCUGACAUGACUGUAACAAUACCAAAAUUCUUUUUUUUUUUUCAAAAACAAAGUUGAGCUAAUAAAAUGAUGAAGAGUAAAAGGAUAGCUUGGCACAGACAAAAUUUUUUGUUAUCUAUAAUUACACUGUAUGUAACACAUUUUCAUCUUUAAUUAAAUUUGAAGUAAUUUGUUUAGAUGACUAUGGGACAAGUUUAUGUUGAAUGUCACCAGUAAAUAUUGUCUUGAUUAUAACUAUUAUAACAACAUUCAUCAUUUCUGUAUUAUUUGGUUGUUUUCAUCAUGCUUUUGUUAUACAUUUGCAAUAUUUGUCAUAUCAAGUGCUUUUAGAGUCUUUGAUGAAAAUAUUCUUGAUUUGCUGAAAUUAUCUGUAAUUGUAUUGGACCUUACUCGCUUACUUUUAUUUGUUUUGUUUACAUAAAUUAUGUCUUUCUUUUACCUGUACAUGUACAUUGUAUUAUUGGUUCAUUUUGAUUGCACAUUUGUGUGAUAAUUUUUUUUCUUGAAGGUAAACAUUAAAGUUUGAAAGCUGCAUCAUCAUGUGAUGUAAAUUACUCAACUGAUAAUAUUUCAUACAGUCAUAUUGUAUAUAAAUAAAUCAGAGAAAACAAUUGGGAUAUUUUACAGAAGAUCAUUGAGAAGCCCAAAUAAUUUUCAUGUUUGAUACAUUUUCAUUGGGUGUUACUGUCACAAGUUAAUGAGACGGUUUUCUGUUUAUACAAUUAUUUAUGAUAACAUUUUGUCUCAUGUUCUUGUGUUGUAAAUAUGCACACUUGGAUAUAUAGUGAAUAAAACUUAAAUCUUGGAGAUGAUAUAUAGGUAUCAAUCUUCUGUUUUAGUACAAUAAAUGCAUGGUUUGUAUUCAAAUACCUUAUAAUUAAUCAUUCAAGACUUUUAAACGACCACCAUCUUCAAACACACUUUCAAAAUUACAAAAUGUAAUAUAAAUUUCUCACAUUAUACCACUAUGAUAAAAAAUGCAGUAUUAUUCUAGUAAGUUAUUUUAUGCACUUCCAUUAAGGUAGAGAUGUAAGAAAUGUGAUAAAACAAAAUAUAAAGAAGCACUGUUCAGUUUUCCCCAGAAUAUUUAUUUCACAAUGCUUUAGGUUUUGUACUGUAACAUGUAAUUGCUAUACAAUGAUUGGUGACAAGUUUAGGGUUUUGAUGCAAAAAUGUUUUUGUUUUCUGAUGUUACUGAUUUCUUUUUAUUUUUUAUAUCUUUAAAUUGUGUAAUUUUUAAAGGAGUUUGGGAUUUUUUAAAAAUUUAUUCUGGAGUUGUUUCUGUUACUCAAAAUUUUUUAAAAAAUUUGAUGACAUUAGAAACAAAUUUUUUUACUUUUUCCCUAUAGAUAAGAGCAGCGAUUGAUUUUGUUCUCUGGUCUGCAUGUAAAUAUUUUUGUCAAAAAUUAAUUCUAUCUUGUACAAUGACGCAAGAAAUUUGUUUGAUAAAAUUAGUUACAUAAUGUUUUGUUUAAGAAAUAAUAUAUCCCAAACUGUGAUUUUAUUGCUCAAUAACAUCACUGUUUGGAGUUCGGAUGCGGGGAAUUAUAUCACGAGGGCGUAGCCCGAGUGAUAUAAUGAUGCGCAUCCGAACGACAAGCAGUGAUGUUAUCAAGCAAUAAAAUCACCGAUUUGGAUAUAUUAUUUCGAUUCUAACACGACAUCAACAAAUAAAUGCUGCCGUACAUGAUAAUUAGCUAAAUUGCGCCUGAUUUGUUUCCGUACUUAUUGUCAGCGCGUUACAUUUUUAGUGGUUACGUCACGUGUAUAAUGAUUACGUCACAUGUCUAAAUAUAGAACGUCAAACAGUGAUUUUAUAGCAUAAUAACACACACUUUCGGUUCUUCUUUGUUCAAUAGGGAAAAAUGCGGGUCGUGUUAGAAUUAACAUUAUUUUAGCUGAUGUUGAGGUUGUUUUAUGUAAAUGUUAUUUUCACACUUGGGGAAAUGUUAAUUUUGUCUUGUAUUGUUAUCCAUUAUUAAGGAAAUCCAAGUUAAAUAAACUUCAAAACAUG